AAUAUAUAAUAUUAUUAUUUUAUAUAUUUACUUUACUAAAAGACAAAAAAAAAAAAAAAAAUCUCUGUAAGUUCUCUUUCUUUCUUUUAUUCAAUAUGUUUAUGGGCAGAUGAGAAUGUAAAACGAUGUAGCACGAUAUACUUUAAAAAAUUCAAUUAUCUUUCUCCAACCAUUGAAGACAACGCCCCCCCAAAACAACGACCCGCCUCUCCAAAACUCUCUCGCUUCUGCUCCUCGCUCGACUCACAUCCUCGUUAACUAUUACCUAGUCAACCCACUCACGGGAUUCUCGCUUGGUAUUUACCUUUUGCUCAAAAGCCCUCAAAGGCUUCGCUGAGGCGGGCGUUCUACUAAAAGGAAAGACAGUUCAUGCACUUCUAGUGAAGUUAGGACUGUAUAAUGUACUAUCCUUGCAAAAUCAGAUUUUGAAUGGUUAUAUCAAAUGCAAAGUAUUCAAUGAAGCACAUAGAUUGUUUGAUGAAAUGAGUGUAAGAAAUGUGGUGACGUGGAAUACAGUGAUUUGUGGCCUUGUUGAUUGUCGUAAUAAUUACGGGUCAAGUCUCUACGUAUGUUUUUCUUAUUUGAAGAGAAUGCUACUGAAUCAGGUAAGUUUGGAUCCCAUAACGUUGAAUGGUUUGCUUCGUGCCUGUCUUGAGUUAAAUAACGUUGAGAUUGGUGGACAAUUGCACUGUUUCAUAUUGAAAUUAGGUUUCGAGUUGAGCUGUUUUGUCAGUAGUGCGCUCGUUGAUUUGUACGGGAAAUGUGGAUUGGUCGAGGAUGCAAGGAGAAUUUUUGAUAAAGUAUUGUGUCCAGACUUGGUGUUGUGGAAUGUGAUGUUGUCUUGCAAUGCAUUGAAUUCCUUGGGAGAAGAGGCUUUCAGAGUAUUUAACUUGAUGCGACUGGAAAAUUUGAUAGGGGAUGGUUUUACAUUUUCUAGUAUGCUCAAUUCAUGUGCGACUUUGGGUUCUUGUGAAUUAGGAAGGCAAAUUCAUGGUCUUAUCAUCAAGCUGUCUUUUGAUUUAGAUAUUAUAGUAUCUAGUGGACUUGUUGAUAUGUAUGCAAAGAGUGAAAAUAUAGAAGAUGCUCGGAAGGCUUUUGAUGAUAUGGCUGCUAAUAAUGUAGUGUCUUGGAAUACUAUGGUUGUGGCUUACGGGCAGCUUGGAGAUGGGAAGGAGGCUAUGAAACUUCUAAAGGAAAUGUUGCGAGAGGUUUUCACUCCAGAUGAACUAACUGUAGCUAGUAUCCUUGGUUCAUGUAGCAAUGCAUCAGCAAGUUAUGAAAUUAUGCAAGUUCAUGCUUAUGUAGUAAAAAUGGGAUUUCAUUCCUUUCUAUCAAUCGGAAAUGCCAUGAUAAAUGCAUACGCCAAGUGUGGCAGAACUGCUAGUGCACUGGAAUGCUUUAACUCAGUUCCGGAGCCCAAUCAUGUUACAUGGACUUCACUUGUUGGCGCUUAUGCAUUCAACAGUCUUCCAAAAGAUAGCAUCGAGAUGUUUGAAAAGAUGUUAUCUACAGGUGUAAUGCCAGAUAAAAUUGCUUUUCUUGGGGUUCUUUCUGCCCGCAGCCAUGCAGGAUUAAUAAAGGAGGGGUUUCGUUACUUUAGCUUAAUGAUAAAACAUUAUCAAAUUAUACCGCAUCUAGAGCACUAUGGUUGUCUCAUUGACCUUCUUGGUCGAGCUGGUUUUUUGGAUGAGGCUUUUAGUGUAUUGACCUCAAUGCCAAUUGGACAGAGAUCAGACAUCUUGGCAGCCUUCAUUGGGGCGUGCAAAAUCCAUCGAUAUUUAAAAUUAGCUAAGUGGGCUGCAGAAAAGCUUUUGGAAUUGGAGCCAAACAUUCCUGUAUAUUAUGCUCUUAUAUCUAACAUGUAUGCCUCUGAGGAGCAGUGGCAUGAUGUGGCAAGAGUUCGCAAGCUGAUGAGAGAUAGGUGUGAUCACAAAGUUCCAGGUUGUAGCUGGAUAGAACUUGGUGGUGCUAUUCACACGUUUGUUUCAAGUGAUAAGUGCCACCCUCAAGCUUCAGAGGUGUAUUGCUUUUUAGGAAUAUUGCUUGGGCUAAUUAGGGAUGAACUGCAUGCCAUGGAUGAAAAUGUUCUCUAUGAGUAUGCACCAUAAUUUCUCUGACUGACCUGAUGCCUUGGCUAAUUGGCUUGGAAAACGAGCAUGCUGAAUGGUGACGUCUUGAGAUGCAAAUAUAAGUUUGCCGCUCAUCUUAGGUAUGUUUACAUUUUUCUAGUCUUACGUAACCCGUCCUUUUAUAUGUUACUGCCAACAUAAUCUUCUUCUCUUCCAUAUUGUCUAAGUCGUUCUGUAUGAUUCAAAGUAUUUGUAUCCGUCAUAAUUGAUUCUUACAAUUUACAACACUGUAUACUUCUGAGGGUUUGCAAGUGGAAGCCUUUGAAUGCCACAAUAAGGGGAAUAAUGAUUUUAAGUUACA